AUGCCGGAUACUCGCGAGGUGGAACCUUCAAGAGUUCAGACUCGGAGUAAGAGUGCCACUGGAAAAAGAGUGCUGGGGCCAGUUGAAGAAGCCAAGUAUGACAAAAGAGCUCGUCGGAAGUUAGCGCUCGAGCCCCCUGCUUCUAAGCUUAUGUCGGAUGCUCAGAAAACAUGGCAUACCGAUGAAGAAGAACGAGAAUCAACUGCUAUGGAACUCUCGCCUCAGCCUGGUCUCCCCAAUGUUGGUCCAGCUUUAAGAGGCCCUGCCUCUUCUGCACAUUCAUUGAAUGAAGAAGAACGUGGAGAUGAAUCAUUUGCAGGGGGUAUGGAGUUUGCCCCUGCAGACACGCUUCAUGAUACUGCCUCCACUGCCCCUCGUGUCGAAGAAGAUAUACCUCCUGUCCAAGAACCUACUGUGACUGCCCAGCAAGAUCCAGUAGCGGACAAGUCUCAUUCUGCUUCUGUGUUGCUACCCCCUGUAGGAGGUGCGCAGUUGAGCCCUACGACCGGAGUCAUAUCAAAACCUGCUAUCACCGAGGAUCCACCAGCAUUUCCUUCCGUAGACGAAGAUGAGCCUGUGGACCAUAGUGAUGGCGAGAACGGUAUGGAUGAUGAUGGUGACCAAAGUGAGGGUAAUGAAAAUGAUGACAACUUGGGUGAUGACAGCGAUGAUCCCGAUGACUGGGAUAUUCCACCACCAUCGUCUUCCGACAAGGCGUCAGCCUACAUUCCUCUAUCUCUCACUGGUAAGUGUCGUUCUUUUCGACUUGCAACUAAUCUUUGCUCUGUACUUAAAUAG